UCGCUGCCACAAUGAUAACAUUGUCUAGGAUAACCUACAUGUCAAGCCUGACUUGCCAGCAACGGCCUGCCAGGGCGCCGGCAACCCCAUGUCAGUCCAUUCAGCAGCGGUAUGUCCUGGAAGGCCCUCUGUGUCGUCACGGCUCUCUGUCCACCAGUCACGUUAAUGUGCACGCAGCCUUGAGACAACUCCCGCUCACAUUUCCAUUUGUCUAAUUUGAUACGAGGGCUUGGGGAGCCACCCCCUCUGACCCACCUCCCCUUCUCCCCGUCCCUCCCAUCCAUGACCGCUGCAGGUCCGAGGCUGUCGGACCUCUCGGUGCCGGACUUGUAGAGGGAACAGAGUCACAUGUGUCGCAUAGACAAGUUGCUACCGGCAGACUUGCAUCCUGAGCCCACUGAGUGAUAAGGAACAAACGCCUUGAUGGCAGAGUUUUUACACUUGUUGCGUGACGAAGCAUGCCGGCAGCACAUUUUGUGUUUUUUCACCAUUGUCGACUCGACACUACGAGUAUUAAAUAUGCUCUUUUGCACAGACGCACACAAGAUCCAGAAGAAGACUUUCAGGAUUCAAUACGUGCACUGAAAAGAGGAUUUUAUCAAGAAUAUUUCACUUUUUCACUUUGGUAAUCCAGCAGGUUUAUUUUGUGUAAGAUUCUCAAUUUGUGUGGUUACAACUGCCCGAGUUACUCCUUGUAUGAGUGAUACAAACUCUCUUACACGGAAUCCAGUUUGGAACGAUUUUGGCAGGACUUGCAGGUCAGUGUGCGGUACGAACAACAACAUGGGGACCGUAUUCUGGAUGUUUUCUCUUCUGGCUUUUCCAGUGCUUGAGUCUGCCAAGAUCCUGACUGUCAGUCUGAUUGGAGGAAGCCACUACUUGUUGUUAGAUGAGAUUUCUAACAAUCUACACCAGCGCGGCCAUGAGGUCCGCAUGCUUCUGCAACUGGGAAACCCUGUUAUUACAGGGUUUUCCUAUGCAGGCCGCGCAGACAGUUACCAGAUGACCACCUGGUCCAUGGGAGAGGAUUACGUCACAGAGUACAACGGCUGGUUCAUGGAGCAACAAACACAGUUUUUGCUGGGAAGGGACAACUUUACCACCUUCCUAAACUUCAUGGGGCACCUGUCCUAUCAGUGUGACCGGCUGCUAGGGGACCAAGAGAUGAUGACUUUCCUCCAGAAGGAGCGCUACGACAUCACAAUCCUUGAUGCGUUCAACCCCUGCUCCUUCAUCCUGGCACGCAAACUCGGUAUCGACUACAUAGCUUUCCACCCCGGCACUCUGAACAGUCCUCUGUCCAUGGCGCUCCCCAGCCCGGUCUCCUACAUCCCGGUCUUUGGCUCCCAGCUCUCCGACCAAAUGAACACUUGGGGUCGAGCAAAGAACCUCUUUUAUUCUCUCUUAGCUCCCAUAGGCCAGGAACUUGUAUGGUCGACUUUUAGGGAAGUAGCCGAACGCCACUUUGAUUCUGACUCGCCCCCUGGAGGUCUGGAGGAGCUGCAUCAAGGAGCUGAACUAUGGGCCUUCAACACCGACUUCUCCCUGGAGUUCCCCCAGCCUCUCAUGCCCUACACUGUCCUGGUGGGAGGUCUGCUGAAUAAGCCGGCGCAGCCUCCAGAGCAGGACAUUGAGUUGUGGAUCUCCAAUUUUGGAGAGGCCGGUUUCGUUGUCGUGACUCUGGGAUCGAUGGUCUCUUCGGUCUCUGUGGACUCCCUGCUUGUAGAGCUGGUGGCGGGCUUCUCUAGGAUCCCUCAGGGGGUAAUCUGGAGGUAUGACCCAGAGCGAUGGCCGUCUCACCUGGACAGACCUCCCAACCUGAGGCUGAUGGACUGGUUGCCUCUCAAUGAUCUGCUGGGCCACAAAAAGGUGCGUGUCUUUGUCACCCACGGUGGACAAAACAGCCUGUUCCAGGCAGUGUAUCACGCUGUUCCUGUGCUGGGAAUCCCUCUUUUUGGGGACCAAUUUGAUAAUAUGGUGAGGGCUAAAACAAAGGGACUUGGCCUCACCAUCAAGCCCACGCACAUCACCAGGGAGCUGCUCAGCUCCACCAUCCAAACACUCUCGCAGGACAUCAGGUUCAAGUCUUCAGCUUUGUCCCUUAGCCGGAUCCACAAGUCCCAUCCUGUCCCCCCCGCCCUUCGACUCACCCAGUGGGUGGAGCACAUCCUGCAGAGUGGAGGUGGGGCUCAUUUAAGGCCGGCUUCGCUCACACAGCCGUGGUACCAGAGGUACCUGUUGGACUUGGUGCUCCUUCUCUCCCUGGGUCUUCUCGGGCCCGUAGUUAUCUGCUUGACUUGCUGGAAGAACAAGAACAGCAGGGACCAACACGAAAAGAUACAAUAGGUGGUCUGUACUAAGCGUUUCCUCCAGAGAACUUUAGAUGUAUGCCUCAGUUCUGUGUUACUCGUUUGUCUUGGACUUGAACAAUAUACCAAUAUGAGAACUUUUUAUGGCGACCCUCCAAAAGAGCAGUUAUUCAAUAAAUAAGCCAUGCUUCUUGUAACUGUUACUUAUAUUUCCACUCAUAAAUAGAAUAAAAUCAAUAACUGACAGGAGCCUCUCAUUUGGAUGUUGGAGACCUUGCGUUGGCACAAGCAACUGAGUCAAACGUCAGCAGACAAUAACCAAAAGCGUGAAAAAGAAGCCAUUCAAAUGCUUCUUGUUUGACAUUAUUUCUCUUCUCAUUCUCAGCAUUUCUUGUUAGAUUUUUAACAGUAUAUCCCAGUUUAAUUUGGUGUAAAAGAGCCUUAACGCCAAGUGCUGUGACCUUUCCCCUCCCAGCGCCAUCGCGUCUGCCAGACGUCUCGUCUGUUCUGCGGCGUCACAUUGUCCGAACACCUCGGUGCUGCUGUGACCUCUCCGUAGCACAUAGCAGCGCCCCAGCCAGGCAUUGCUUUAGUGCCGUCACGAGCCACAUUAGUGUAGACGGGUGUUAUCGUGUGCUCCUCUGCUGGUCUGGUUUGGGUGUAGGAAAGGUACUUCGUAGUCAUAGAACGUACACUUAUAUGUGUGUCUGCUGGCUCUUCAAUUAUCAACCACCUGCAAGUCUCAACUCUGACCCCCACACCCUCCGCUGGUGCUUUCCACUGAGUCUGCUUCCCAAUUUCUAAACAGCGAACAGCGAUGUUUCACGGUCAGCGCUCAAGCCCCAGCGGAGAGCAGACCAGGCCUUGUAGGACCCCCCCCAUCUCUUCCCACUCCUCACAUCUGUGUUGGGGUUAGCAGGGAGGGACAUAUAGAUCAGCAAGGAAAUAAUGACCAAUUAGGACGGCUUGUUCUCUGUCCAUUCAGCUGUGCAUUCUUCCAUCUCUUUCCCCCUGCACUUCAUUUGUCUGUUCAGCUGGCAGUUGCAGGUGCCAGUGAGUCUUCCCCGGUCUCGCACGCAAUCCAAAACAGACGGGGCAAAGCAUGGCGGGGCGGGGCGGCACCACUCUGAGAAAAAAAAAAAGGACAAGAGGCAAAUGAAAGGAAACUUUAAUGAAGCAGAAGAGGGACACAAUGAUGCUAAAUGGAACAUGGGAAAGUCACAGAGCAGAAACAAAGCGGAGAGAAACGGAGGUCAGAAGAAAUAAUGGUCCAAAUAGCAUUGAACAAAUCAGACAUUUGUAUUUCCUAUUAUGGUUUAAAUUGUCCUAAAUGAAUGGCUUAAAUUGUCAUGUCAUUUUUAUAUUUUUUUUACAAUCGUAUAUUUAAAAAAAUGUUUACUUCAGGUGCAGUGACCAGAAAGAUGAAUAAUUCAAAUCACAAUAAUGUAAUUGCAUCACAAGGACGUGUAAGCAUGUACAGAUUUUGGUCCUUGAAUAAAGCAGCAGUGACUUGAGCCACAAA